CAGCUGAUUCAUUAUCAUCAAUUAUCAUUGUUGUGUGUAGUUUAGGUCAGUUCAUCUUUCGAUUAAAUCAUUAAAAUCAUUGGAAAUUUUUUGCUAAAAACGAGGAGUAAUUUCACUUUAGUGAUUUUCUAAACAAAGUUACAGUGAAAUACUUAUACGUGGAUAGUAAUCAAGAAAAAUGGGUCUCGUUUGCUCCACCGCACAGCUCGCGUGCUUGUGUGGAAGCACUGCGUGCAGCUUUUGUUGCUCGCAAUGUCCAACAUGUCGAAAUAGUACGAGUACAAGAAUAAUGUACGCAUUAAUGCUAAUGCUUGGAACAAUUGCAGCUUGUAUUACAUUGGCCCCGAGUCUUCAAGAUUUACUUAAAAAGGUGCCAUUCUGUGCAAACAGUACUAAUUACGUUCCUUCUUCAUUUACCUUCGAUUGUCAAUCAGCUAUUGGAUAUUUAGCAGUCUAUCGAAUAUGUUUUGUUCUCACACUUUUCUUCUUUCUUAUGUCAGUGAUGAUGCUUCGAGUUCGAACCUCAAAAGAUCCUCGAGCUCCUAUUCAAAAUGGUUUUUGGGCGAUUAAAUAUUUAUUGGUGAUUGGCGGAAUAAUUGGAGCGUUCUUUAUUCGUGAGGGUUCAUUCGGUCCAACAUGGAUGUAUUUUGGAAUGAUAGGAGGAUUUCUAUUCAUUAUGAUACAAUUAAUUUUAAUUGUCGAUUUUGCACACACUUGGGCAGACGCUUGGGUGGGAAAUUAUGAAGAAACUGAAUCCAAAGGCUGGUACGCUGCCUUGCUUGGUGCUACUUUCUUGAAUUAUGCACUUUCAAUCACGGGAAUUGUUUUACUUUACGUCUACUUCACCUUGCCACAUGAUUGCGCUCUGAAUAAAUUCUUCAUUUCCUUCAAUUUGAUUCUCUGCGUUAUUUCAAGCGCCAUUUCGAUUUUACCAAGUGUUCAGGAAAAUCAACCUCGUUCUGGCCUUUUGCAAUCGUCAAUUGUCACUUUAUACGUCAUCUACUUGACCUGGAGCGGUGUUUCAAAUAGUCCAGAUCAUGUCUGCAAUCCAGGAAUGCUUGGAAUUAUAAGUGACAAAGAUAUUUCCGCUCAAAAUAAAAUUGCAUUCGAUAAAGAAAGUGUAAUUGGUCUUAUAAUUUGGUUCAGUUGCGUUCUCUACAGUUCAUUGCGCACUGCUUCGAAAUCAUCAAAAAUAACAAUGUCCGACACUGUACUCGCCAAGGAUACUGGGGCUGUUCAAAACAAGGAUUCAUCGCUUAUUGACAAUGAAGAUUAUGUUUCAGUAGAAGGUCGCAAUGGAGACGUCGAGGGUAAUGAGGCCAAAGUCUGGGACAAUGAAGAAAACACAGUCGCUUACAAUUGGAGUUUUUUCCAUUUGAUGUUUGCCCUGGCAACUUUGUACGUGAUGAUGACUCUCACAAAUUGGUACAAGCCAAAUUCAUCACUGGAAACAUUGAAUUCAAACACAGCAUCCAUGUGGGUGAAAAUAAUAUCAUCAUGGCUGUGUCUCGCACUUUACAAUUGGUCACUCGUUGCUCCAGCACUUCUGCCGAAUCGUGAUUUUUCUUAAAGUGAUGAAAAAUAUAAUUAAUUUUUAAAAUUUUUGUUUUACAAAAAAGGUAUGAGAUUUUCUUUCUACUGCGCGCGUAUUUUAUAUUUGCAAAACAGAAACAAACAAAAUUCUAACUGCGAAAUAAUUAAGACGACAAAUAAUAUUAGCGUAUAUAUAUAUAUAUAAUCAACAGCAGUUGAUAACGUCGAAUUGAAUAGUAUAAUAUAUUUUUACUGUUAGUAACUAGUCAAUUGACAAAUUCAAAAAAAAAAUUUACGUUUAUUUGUAACGUCCAUUUUGCAGGUAAGAUUUAAUGCAUCGCUGCGCGCUUUGAAUGUACAAUUAAACUUUAAUAACACGAAUCACCAAAAAAGGCAAAAAAUUAAUUAAAUUUGUAAUUAUUUUAAUAAUCUAUUUAUUAAAAUAAUCUCUGUUAAAUAAUUUAAUUUUGUUAGCCUACAAUUAUUUAGAUAAUAAAUAAUAAAAUAUUUAUAAUUAGAGAAAUUGAAGUUUCAAAUUCGC